AGUUCUGUUUCACUAGCGCUUCAACCGCGUGGAACGCUAGGUCUUUACAGGAGGUAACAUCGAAUGUUGCAUCUCGUGACUUCGAAUACACUCAGAAUAGAAAUUACCAAUACAUUUUUUUUUAUUUUCCUUCAUAUUAUGAAUUAUUAAAUAAAAAAGACAAUAUCAGUGACAAUGUGACAAAAUUCGAUACAUGAGCGUGCAAUGGAGUGAAGUUAUAGAGAACAAUCUUUUUUGUUCUGUGUUUUUUUGUCAAUUCUAAAAGACUAUUCUGUUUUAUAAUUUUGUUACAUUUAAACAUUAUAAGCGAGGAUAAAUAAUAAUGUUUUAAAGCUGUGACUUUCUGUGAUAAAUUUAGUGUUUGUAGAAUAUAAAUUAUGGGCUUCGAUCCAGUUACCGAGGAACAACGGAAGCAGUUCUUCCGGCAAGGAUACGGAUCUCACUUACCGGGAUAUACCGGGCAUUGUCCAACACUUAAGUUUCGAGUCGGCAAAAGGUUCGGAGUAUGUACAGAAGAAAUAAUUAAAGAACUACUCGAGAAAAAAAUUUUGAAGAUGGGGCCCUAUAGACCAAAUGGGAUAACGGAAUUGAAAGCCAUUCCUCAAACAAAGGACAUCAGAAGGGAUUGGAAAAACGAUUCUCAUUUUUACCAACCAGCUCCGUACAUUUUAGGAUACACAGGAUAUAUACCUGGAUUUAAUGACAAAUAUGGAUUGCCUUUUAUGAGGGCUGUAGAAGAAGGUGCUAAAGAUUGGAAUGAGACGCAGAAUAAAAUACGAGUUCGAAGGGAUUCUUUGCGGGCUCAUGCAGAGAGAAGAGACCCAAGGAAUCUUCUUUCACGCGUCAGACAAGACAACGUUCAUGUCGAAAAAGAUCAUGGUCAUCGCAAGGAAAAGAAUUUUUUUGAUCAGCACGUUUCUUCAGAACGACCACCAAUCGUAGGCUACACAGGACACAUUCCUGGAGCCAAGGGAGAAGUUUCACUCUCAAAAGGAUACAGGCAAGCAGCAAAAAAAGGAUUAGAACUUCUCCAAAAGGAGCGGGAAGAACGAUUCAGCAGAAUUCAAAGCACGAAUGCCAUUCAAAGAGUUUUGGAUGCUACUUAUAUAGACGAUACCGGACACACGAGAGCCUAGAGAAAAAUCAGUUUAUCUGAUUAUAAACUCGAUUCUCUAAAUUAUCAAAGAAAGAAUCAACCUUUAUACGUACCUAUCAACUUGUACAAAGCGAUCGUGCCUUAAAACGUACAAAAUCGAGGGAGAAAAAUCCGGUAUUCUUUUCAAAACUUGCUUUAAAAAAAUCUGUAAAUUAAUUUCGCUCCGAAGACAAGGAACUUGUAAAAAUCAUUUCUAUUUUUAAUUGAUAGAAUCCUCUUUUAUUAAUGUUUUCUUUGAAAAUUAUUCUCGAACGCAUUU